UCGGCGGCCGGCCGGACUCGCAGUCGCAGUGCACGCAGAGUCUCCACCGCCACGUGCAGGACCUGCAGGACGUCCAGGAUGUGCCGGACCACGACCGCGCUGGCGCCGAUGGCGGCGCUGCUGCUGCUCGCGGCGGUGGCGCUGCCCGUCGCGGACUCCUACCGCGUCCUCGGCUUCUUCCCGUUCAACGGCCGCAGCCACAACAUCAUGUUUAAGGCCCUGAUGGAGGUGCUGGCGGACAACGGCCACGAAGUGGUGCAGUUUAGCCCCUUCCCGCAGAAGACGCCCCGCGCCAACUACACCGACGUGGACCUGUCCAAAGAGUUCCCUUCGCUCGUCAACUCCCUCACCUUCGAGCAGAUGACCAGCUUCAGCAGGUUCAAAAUCGUCGAGCUCAUCAACAAUUUCGCUGGUCCCGACCUCUGCCGCCGGGUGUUCGAGACGCAGCACUUCAAGGACGUCAUGAGCGGCAAGUACGGCAAGUUCGACGUCGUCUUCACGGAGAUCUUCGGUAGCGACUGCUGGUCGGUGGUCGCCUACAAGCUGAACCUGCCCUUGAUCAGCGUGGUGACGGCCCCGGACUUCGCGUGGAUGCACGAGCGCGUGGGGUCGGUGGACAACCCGUCGUAUAUCAUCACCCCCGACGAGCCCGUGGCCGGCAAGAUGAGCUUCCUGGAGCGCGCCAUGAACACCUACACGUACCUCAUGAAGCGGUACAAGCACAAGACCAUCCUGAACGACGGCGCUGACGCGGUGGUGCGCCAGUUCUUCGGCGCGGACACGCCGCCCAUCAACGAGCUCGUGAGGCGCACCAGCCUGGUGCUGGUGAACCGGCACGUGAGCGUCAACCCGGCGGUGCCCGUCACGCCCAACGUGGUGCACGUCGGCGGCCUGCACCUCAAGGACACCAAGGCCGAGCGCGUGAGCAGCCCGCGCCUCGAGGCGGGGCUGCGCAAGUGGAUGGACGAGGCGGAGCACGGCGUCAUCUUCUUCACGCUGGGCUCCCUCGUGCGCACCAGCUCGCUGCCCAAGCACACCAUCCAGGCCCUGCUGGACGCGUUCGGCGCGCUGCCGCAGCGCGUGCUGUGGAAGUACGAGGAGGACGACCUCGACCUGCCGCCCAACGUCCGCACGGCCAGCUGGCUGCCGCAGACCGACGUCCUGGCCCACCCCAAGAUGGUCCUGUUCAUCACCCACGGCGGGCUCAUGGGCACCACGGAGGCCGUGCUGCUGGGCGUGCCCAUGCUGGGCAUCCCGCUGUUCGCCGACCAGGAGCCCAACGUGCUGGGCUACCAGCACCUCGGCAUCGCCCUGCACCUGCCGCACACCGAGAUGACCAAGGACAACAUGCUCGCCGCCAUCCACAAGCUCACCGACACGGACAAGUACCGGAAGCGCGCCAGGGAGGUGGCCGACCUGUACCUGGACCGGCCGAGGUCCGCGGCCGCGGAGGCGCUGUGGUGGACGGAGUACGUCGUGAGGAACAAGGGCGCCCCCCACCUGCGGCCCCUCGGCGCCGACAUGCCGCUGUACCAGUACCUGCUGCUGGACGUGGCGGCCGUCUUCCUGGCCGCCGUCCUGGCCGUCGUCCUGGUGCCGGUACUCCUCGUCCGGAAGCUGCUGGCCAAGCCCCGGGCCGCGCCGGCCAAGCAGUCCCCCAAGAAGAAGACGAACUGAUGUGUCCAGGACUUGAGAGACGCUGCCCGACUCGGUGGACUCGCCACGGCAUUCCCCCGGGCCGGGCAGCACGCCGGGAGGGCAGGCAACCCAUUCGACGCGCGGGCCGCGACGACGUUCUAGUCUCAUUUUUUGCUCAGUGAUAUGUGUACUGUUUGUUCUACCGAGCGCCCUCCACUGCGUGCCUAAAUUAAAGCUGUUAUCGUUGUUUUGAAAA